AUGUCUCCACCCGAGAAGAAACAGAAAACGGACUCCUACACUCUAUACUAUUGGCCAGGCAUCCCUGGUCGCGGUGAAUACAUCCGGCUGGCCUUCGAAUACGCCGGCGUUCCCUAUACCGAGAAGCUCAAUGGCAACACGCUCAUGUCCACGCUCAGAAACCCAUCUAAGAUCGGGCACCCCCCGCACUUCGCGCCGCCCGCGCUCGAGCUGCCGUCCGGUAAGGUCAUCUCUCAGACGACCGCGAUCCUGAACCACAUUGCGCCGAAGCUCGGUUUGGCUGGCGAGCUCGGGAGCAAGCUUGCGGGAGAGGAACAGUUGAGCGCCGAAGACAGGGAGCGCGCGGAAGAGGAGAGAAGCACGGUCAAUCAGCUCGUGCUCACAGGGAUGGAUCUGUGCGUCGAGGCCCACGACGUACAUCAUCCCAUUGCGUCAUCGAAGUACUACGAAGAGCAGAAGGAUGCGGCGCUUGAGCGUUCCGAGAGUUUCCGCGCAGAGCGCAUGCCUGCAUUCUUGACUCACUUCGAGAAGGUGCUCUCGACUAAUCCCGCCACGAUGGACUCCGAGAGGACCUUCCUCGUCGGCGCGAAGACGACCACUGCGGACCUAGUGCUCUUCCACGUGGUGGACGGCCUCCUGUUCGCCUUCCCGAGACGCAUGGCGGUACUUAAAAAGAGCGGCAAGUACGACGACGUAUUCGCCUUGCACGAGCGUGUAGCGGGCGAGGAGGGAAUCAAGGAGUACAUUGCAAGUGGUCGGAGGAAGAAGUUCAGCAAUGGCCUGUUCAGACACUAUCCUGAGCUGGACGGGGAGAAGUGA